AUGAAAGCAUUGCUUUAACACGAGGAGCUGCCACCAAACUAUAGAUUUGGGGGGAUUGUUUUAGUUUUUCUAAGUGAGAGUAUUGCUGUAAGCUGAAUAUGGCAUCUUUUAUUCAUUUUUAUGUGUUCGGCUGGUCUGCUGCUCGCCCGCGUUACAGUAGCCUGCAUGUUUUAUGAAGCAAAGAGAAAAGAAACCCAAGAGGGAGAAGUGGAAUUUUAUUGAGCCAGCCUCCCAUCCCUGCGCGCGGCCACUGGCGCUCCUCGCCACGCCCCCUCCGGCCACACCGCCCGGCUCAUCAAUAGGAACCAUUUGAAUAAUGUGUGAGCCCUUGGACCGGAGCCAAUCAGCUGUCCGGGAGCCUGCGAUAAAUCGCAAUGCAUUAUUGAUAAUAAUAAUCACGUUGACAUGCGCAUUUCUACUGGAGAGGGAGGGGGGGUGAUUUUUUUUUUUCAAGGCGAAGAAUUUGUAGAAGAAGCGGAGGAAAAUUGCCUGCGACUCUUUGCUCCCGAUGGUUGCAUCAUGUCGAGGCGCAAGCAAGCCAAGCCGCAGCACAUCAACUCUGACGAGCCGGACUCUGAGGAAACUGGAAUUCCUCGAGAAGACCAAGAGGAAGAAGAGGGAAAUUAUGUAAAGAAGUUAAAGAUGGAUGAAACCAGAGUCUGUAAGAAGUGUUGUGCUGAAUACUUUGAUGAAGCAGAGUUUCUUGAGCAUGAAAAAAGUUGCACUAAAAGCCAGCAGGUGGUCAUCAUGAAAGAGGGAGAUUACAAUGAGGUGCCUGAGGAAUAUUCGCAAGGAUCUCCGGAAGGCCUGAACAGCGACCACGACGAUGGCCAGUCCAGCAAUCAUUCCAUCACAGACAAACUGGAACGGGUGGAUGAACAGUCGAGCGUGAACACUGGGGAUCCAGGACAACGGGAUCAAACAGGGAUGUCUACAAGUCCAGAGAGAGUGUUCCACUCUUCUCCCAAAAUGCAAGAUACAAAUGUCACCCUUCAUACUUUGCCUGACACUAAAGUGGCCGUCUCCCAGAGUUCUUCAAAUGCACCUCAGGCCUCUCCACAAGAUGUUCUUCAAGCUAUCCCCAUCAUCUUGGAACAACUAGUGUGCCUUCAGCAACAGCAGCUACAGCAAAUUCAGCUAACAGAACAGAUCAGAAUCCAGGUUGCCAAGAUGACCCCACAGGGUCUGCAGUCAUCCGUAGGUACGGCCAUGGAUCCCCUCAAAGCUCUUGGUGCACAUUUGUCUCAACAGCUGUCUGCAGCGGCAGCUCUGAUAGGUAAAAGGACUGGCAAUCAAAGUGUUUCCAUGGAGUCGGUUAAGCAAGGUAAACUACCUCUUCCCACUGGAAUCCCUAACUCUCUGAGUUCAGGACUGGGACCAAUAGCUUCUCAAACAGACAUUUUAAAGGGGGUUCCAGAUCUGGCAAGCCGUUUACCUGUACUACUACCCCAGUCACCAGGUGUUAUUGGUUUCCCCAGCACCUUUAAUGGUAUCCAGCCAGGGAUUGACUCCUCAAAAAAGCUGAAAGCAAAGAUGCUGACCAUCCCACCAGAAUCAAAAAAUGGGGAAUCCAUGUGCAAGCAUAAGUGUAAAUAUUGUGGAAAGACCUUCGGCAACGACAGCGCCCUCCAGAUCCACCUGCGUUCUCACACUGGAGAGAGGCCUUUUAAAUGUAACAUCUGUGGAAACCGCUUCACAACCAAAGGAAACCUUAAAGUGCAUUUCCAGAGACAUAAAGAUAAAUAUCCUAACAUCCGUAUGAAUCCCCAUCCUGUGCCUGAGCAUCUCGACAAUAUCCCCACCAGCAGUGGCAUUCCCUUCGGUAUGUCUGUGCCCAUUGAUGAGUCCAAUUUAAUUGAAAUGAAGCCUGUCUUAAGUCAUCCAGCUGCUGGAUUCAACCAACAGUCCAUACCAGGAUUUAAACCAAAGUUUGAUGGCUUUGGGAGUGACCCGUUCUCUCAAAAGCCCUCCCCAUCAGCCAGUGAUGGUUCCCCUUCCAUGUCAGCAGUGUUUGGAAGAGACCCGGGACUGGACCCAAAUCACAAAGAGGCUAAAGAACUACUUGGUGCGUUCCAUCACAUGAAUGGCGCUGCCCUUACUGGAGAACCAAGCUCUGGAACAGCAAAACUUCAGCAAAUGGUGGAUGGCCUGGAAAAGAGGACCAAUGAUCCCAAUGAGUGUGUGAUCUGCCACAGGGUGCUCAGUUGCCAGAGCUCUCUCAAAAUGCAUUACCGCACCCACACAGGUGAAAGGCCAUACAAAUGCAAGAUCUGUGGCCGUGCAUUCUCAACAAAGGGCAACCUCAAGGCUCACUACGGAGUGCAUAGAGCCAGCACUCCACUGAAAAUGCAACACUCAUGCCCCAUCUGCCAGAAGAAGUUUACAAAUGCCGUAGUUUUGCAGCAGCACAUUCGUAUGCACAUGGGAGGGCAGAUCCCCAACACCCCAAUGCCAGAAAACCAGUACGAAGCGGCAGAGACGAUGGAAGCAUCCUUACCAGAGGAGAAAUCGAUGGACCACAGUGGUGUUGAAGGAACCAUGGAAGGUCAAGAACCAGAUUCCAACUCCCAGAAGCCAAACGAUUCCUUGAACCCCCUCCCAUCUGCCCCUGAAGAGCAGUCUCAAAAGGUCGCUGUGCCUGUACAGUUUUCCAGCCUAGAUGUCCUAAAGAACCUCACAUCUGCUCUUGCCCUGAAACGACAGAGUAGCACCCCUUCAGAAAACGAAGGAACGCCUAAAAGCUCGCCACCAGUUCAGAGAGAGCAGGAGUACCAGAAUGGGCGCAGCCCUGCCAUUUCUGACUCGGCCAUGUCUUUUCACUCCUCUUCCCCUGUGAACAACAGCAGCAGCAAGUCCCCUGAGUCUGCAGGUGACGUAUUUACCAGCAAUCUGUCAAAACAAGAGUCUGAUGGAGCCCAAGAUGGAAGUGACUCAAGUGGAGCCCUUGACCUCACGGCUUCAAGCAGUUUUAUCACCAAAGCUAUUAAAGAAGAACCUGGUGUCCCAUUUACAAAUGGCGACUAUGCUCCUGGCAGCUUACCUUUCAUGAAGAUGCCUCCAAGUUUGGGCAGCCUGGAAAUGAAGAUUCCCACCGAGAAUCCUUUGGGUCCGCAUGGAUUAUUCAGCUCCCAAAUGCCUCAGGGAACAGCCAUACCCUCCCCCAUCUCGAGUGCACCUCGACGAUCCACCAAACAGCAUAUAUGUAACGUCUGCGGCAAGAACUUCUCAUCGGCCAGUGCUCUGCAGAUCCAUGAGCGGACGCAUACAGGGGAGAAGCCUUUUGCCUGCAACAUCUGUGGCAGGGCUUUCACUACAAAAGGAAACCUGAAGGUUCAUAUCGGCACCCAUAUGUGGAACAACUCAUCACGCCGCGGUCAACGCCUUUCCCUGGACAAUCCCAUGGCCAUAAUGGCAAUGGGCUCAGAGCCCAAGAUUAUCCCAGAUAUGAUUCAAGUGCCCAAAGAUCUGGGUGCUCCACAGAUGAGUUUCGACCCUUCCCUCUGGAACCAGUAUUCUGCUGCUGCCUUCACUGGAGGCUUGACCAUGAAGACCAAUGAAAUUUCCGUCAUUCAGGGGGGCGGCAUCCCACUGCCCGGGAGCCCUGCCGGUGGGCCGCUGAUCGGAUCCACCGGGGGCCUCUUAAAGAUGGACGGAUCCCACUCUGGCUUACCCGCCACCAUGGCUGAAAUAGAAAAGAACGGUUCAGAAAGUGUGCCAAAGUCACAGUUUCCACAUUUCAUGGAGGAGGGAAAAAUUGCAGUUAAUUAAUCUUUUAAUUGGCAGGUAAUCCAUCCUCAUUGUGAACGCGUCAUUUCUUUCUAAUGAGGUACAAUCAACGUUCAACACAUCUAGCAGAAGUCCGCUCAGAUCGGUUGGUAGUUUUUGCUUCUUGCAUUCAGAGCCUCUAUCCCCUCCUUAUCUGAAUGAUUGAGUGUUUAAACUUGAUUUAUUACUACUGUAGGAUUUUUUUUCUUUUCUUUUUUUUUUUAUACAAACACAUAUGCGGGUAUUUUCUCAUGUGACCUUUAUUUGUAAUGCUGUCUAUCCGGAAGUCUGAAUGUAUAACUUACUUGAAACUGCUUUAACUUGGCCGUCUCCUUAAGAAUCCCUUGAAGGAUUGUGUUUUUGUAGGAUAAGUUAAAGGGCAUGCAUUUUAAGGAACCCAGUCAGACCAGGCAGGACGUGGUCUCAGUGUUCAGAUGUAAUGCUAUGGCUAACUGCAUGUGUCAUUUAAGAUUCCUCCCCCCCCUUUUUUUGCUGUGUGCCGUAGGUUUUAUGACAUUGUACGUAAAUUUUUUCCUCUUUCUAGUAAUUUACAUAAACUUUUCUCAUUUAGGAGCUUUUGAUUGGAUGGACUGCAAUAUAAAAUCAAAGUUCUGCUGUUUUAGAUCGUAGAUUAUGAAUGCAUUUUAUUGUAUUGGUGCCAAACUACACUUUUUGAUAACACAUACCUGUUAAAGUGCCUGAUUAGAAUUAAAUCUGCAUUUUUUAUGGCACUGUUGGAUUGUUACAAUGACUCUAUUAGACUGAAAGGAAAAAAAAAAAGGUUUCCCCUGUAGGGUGGCGUACAUUUCAUAUUUUCCAAACUUUUAGUUUAUAGUUUACUCCAACCAAUUCUUCAUCCUUAUACUCAGCUUUGAAACUUAGUGGCACAUUUAGUUGGCUGGUGUCGUCAUGCCUGCACUUUAUUUCAGGUUGUAAAUGCUUUUACAUUUCACUGCUUUUACCGUAACUGAAUGAAAAGGUGACGAGCUGUAAUUUCUUUCCUGCCAGAAUUAUUCAGUAAAGAUUUUCCGUUUUUUUUUUUUUCUUCUUCUUGGUAGUCUUAUCAGUUUGUAGCAGAGUUUAUUUAUUUAUAUAAAAGGCUUGAGUUUAGGGGGAAGUUUCUACCUCAUUUCGAUAUUUGUUACUCCUCGACGCCCCUCACACUCAAUGCAAUGUUCUGUAUAUCUCCCACUUUUUUUUGUAUGCUAUGGAAAUCUUCAUUCUCAACCUGCUGAGUUGAAUGGUAAUGAAUGUAUCACUGGACACUUUACACAACUCAGCCUGGUCCGAGUUCUCUGUAGGCUCCUGCUGUUCAUUCCUUUAAUCGAUAUGCAUUUGCCAAGUUGUGCCUUCCCUAAAGUAAACCCAUGUCUAACUUGUUUUCAAAUUGCCUUCACGGUUCAAGUAACAUGGAGCCAAUUUGAUCCUGUUUACAGUGUAAAUGUAUGUUGUUUUUUUUCCCCCCUAAUGUUCCUUUUGAGUUUAAUGUGUUCUGAUUUUUGAAGAAUAAAAUCAGGGUGAAUUUUUUUGAA